AUGAGCGCCAACCUCGAGGAGCGCAUCACCGACUACCCUCGCCUCGGCAAGUCGAGCCUGCGCGUGUCCAAGGUCAUCCUCGGCUGCAUGUCGUACGGCAACAAGGGCUGGGCCAACUGGGUCCUCGAGGGCGACGAGGCCCUCCAACACUUCAAGACCGCGUACGAUCUCGGCAUCACGACUUGGGACACGGCCGACACGUACAGCGGUGGCGACUCGGAGCGUCUCGUCGGCCAGGCCAUCACCAAGUUCAACAUCCCGCGCGAGAACCUCGUCAUCCUCACCAAACUCGCCAUGGUCGUCCCCGACGACCCGACCAUCCACCCUUCGACGAUCCAGAACCCGAACCAGAGCGGCUACGUCAACCGCUGGGGCGUCAGCCGCAAGCACAUCUUUGCCGCCAUCGACGCGUCGCUCAAGCGCCUCGGCCUCGACUACGUCGACGUCCUCCAGGUCCACCGCUUCCCGCGCGCCGACUUUGACGAGCACUCGAUGCAGGAGAUGAUGAUCGCCCUCCACGACGUCGUCAAGAGCGGCAAGGCCCUCCACAUCGGCAUGAGCAGCUGCGACGCCUGGCAGUUUCACGCCAUGCAGGCGUUCGCCAAGGAGAACAAGCUCACGCCGUUCAUCUCGAUGCAAGACAGGCUCUGGUCGCCGCUCGCCCGGGGCUACCUCACGCGCCCGCACCGCGACCAGAACAACACCGAGCGCGCCAAGAGCGACCCCAACUUUGCCAAGUUCGUCGGCCUCGGCAACAAGGUCGAGGAGGAGGCGCUCCAGCAGAUCAACGAGGCCGUCGAGAAGAUUGCCAAGGCCCGCGGCGUCCCGAUGGCGCAGGUCGCGCUCGCCUGGAGUUGCGGAAACCCGCUCGUCACGGCCCCGAUCGUCGGCUCGACCCGCAUCGAGGCGCUGCGCGAGGCGGCCGCCGCGACGCACCUCAAGCUCACCGAGGACGAGAUCAAGGCCAUCAAUGAGCCGUACCGUCCGCGCAACAUCCUCGGGCACUAGUUGUAGAUGCAGAGAGUGUAUAUGGCACGUGUAUAGCUGUG